GUCAAAUACGUCAUAAAUGACGUCAUCUUUGUUUUGCUUCAGUCUAAACACACACGUCAUUUCUUGUUUAUUUGAGUAAGAAAGUCCGUAACAUCCGGUUAUUUUAUGACGUAAUAAUUUACUUUCUUUCUCUGACCAAUAACACACUUCCGGUAUUAAUCGUGACGUAUCGCGAGAAUCAUUACGUCACAUCCUGUGAGAAUUUUGGAAACUUCGCAGCACAGUCAUUUACUGGUUUCUAAGCGGAUAUUUAGCCUUUUUGUGUUGGUACAAGAUGGAGAUUAACUGCGGGGUUUUAACUGUGGGGCAAGAUGGAGAUUAGGAUAUAUUACUUAUAAUCGAGUUUAACAAGAAAAAAACGCUUUUUUAGAGUCGUGAGAAUACAGUUUUAUAAUUAAUGAACUCAUUAGUUUUAGUAAAUUUUUUUUUGUUUACUAACAAAUGAGACAAUAGUAUAGAAAAAAACGUGGACCGUUCUACUCCAGCCCCCACUACAUCCAUCUAACUAAAAGCGUGCUUUUUAUAACUUUAAUCAUUUUUUACAGAUUUAAAAUUUUACAAAAUUUUAACAAGUUUAACAAUUAAUCAUGUCUGCUGACAACUUGAGCUUGGUAACAAAUGGCACUAUGAAUCUUACAAUGUGUGAUUUGCAACCCAACAAUCCAUACUGUGGUAUAUAUGGACCGCAAAGGGUUGUCGAAGCUGUGUAUAUGACUUUACUUGUGGUCAUUGGAACCAUAGGAAACCUAAUGGUCAUAUUUUCCAUUAUGUUGGAGAAAAGAAUUCAUAAAAAUGGAAACAUUUUUAUAAUAAAUCUGGCAGUAGCUGAUAUCUUUGUCACCGGAUUUUUUCUUCCCACCGUUCUUGCCAAUGUUAUUUACACAGGAAAUUCUUUAAACAAACCCGCUUGUGACGUAGCCGGCUACGUCAUCACGCUGACGUGUGUAUGCUCUGUGAGCAAUCUUACAGUUAUUGCUAUCAACAGGUAUUGGGCAGUCGUUAAGAACAAAACUUAUGCAAAAAUGUUCUCAAAACGACGAGUAUACAUCAUGGUUCUGUUGGUCUGGGUUUGGUCAAACCUUCUGGUUAUUCCAACUCUCUUCGGAUGGUCUGGCCUAACAUACGACGAGAAAAUGAUGGAAUGUGCAUGGGACGACAUGAAGAAUCGAUCCUACAAUAUUUUCCUUGUCGUUUGCGCAAUAUUGCUCCCGGUUGGUGUAAUUGUCUUCUGCUACUAUAAUCUUUACAAAUCUGUACGAAGCCGAGGAGCAUGGGCCCGAUCCGCCACCUCUGUUGGUUCGCGAUCAAACGAUCGUCAAAGACGUUCUCUGCAACGUGAGACCAAUUUGUUGAAGACACUUGCAAUGACUGUUGUAUUAUUUGUUGUAUGUUGGACACCUUAUGGGUUUGUGGUUGUAUUUGACCCCUUCGGAGUUGCCCCAACCACCAAAAAGAUUGUUGCAUGGAUGGGUUUAUCGAACUCGGUCGUCAACUUUAUAAUAUACGGCACUAUGAACCCCGUAUUCAGAAAAGGCUACAAACACCUCAUAAUAUUUGUACUAUGCUGCAAACGAAGACAAAAGGGACGAAGAGGAACAACAGAAGACAGUCUCUCUCUUCCAAUCAGAAAACAAAAUUCUCUAGAACAAAGCAGUAACAAAAAGACAAACUUGUCCCAAACCAUGACACCUGUCUGCAACUCCCGUAAAGAGAUUCAAAGCUUCAUACAAACCUAGAAGAGAAACGGACGGUCUUUGGAAAAUCCAUUAGGAGUGGUGUAUUUAUUUAUAUGAAACCGCGAAGCUAUAAUCCUAUCAUUGAAAAAGCAGCCAUAACAGAUGUAGCCUUUUGAAUUUAUAGCAUGCUAAGUUCUACAUAGUCUUGCGCUACCAAAGAUCUUGUACAUUGUAAAAACUUUACGUUUUAAAAAGAGGCCAGUUUAUACGUAAGAUAAACAGGAAUACGUGUCCUGACUAUUUAAGUUUUGUAUUUCUUUUACUAGCCGCUGAUUUCCGCCAUACGUGUAGUUACUUAUACCGCCAUCAGUGUUAUGUAAAAUGUCGUGAUUAGUACUUUCUUUUCGUAAAUAAAAUUACAAGAC